CAGUGCUCUCCCGCGCCCCUUGCUCCCGGGCAUAUUAAAGCCAAGUAUUUAACUCUUCGCCUGCUACACGAACCCUAGAGACCAAACAAUGGAGGAAGAGAAGAACCGCACGACCAACGCUGUAGUGACAGAGAGCGAGGAAGAGCCUGUUGUUGGGCCCGGGCCAGCGAAGAGAGCUCGCCCUAAGCGUCCUCUCCAGUUCGAGCAAGCAUAUCUCGAUGCCCUUCCCUCCGCUAACAUGUAUGAGAAAAGUUAUAUGCACCGGGAUGUGGUUACGCAUGUGGCCGUAUCAGCAGCUGAAUUUUUCAUAACUGGAAGCAUUGAUGGGCAUUUGAAAUUUUGGAAGAAAAAAGCUAUUGGCAUUGAGUUUGCAAAGCAUUUCAGAUCCCACCUUGGUCCCAUAGACGGUCUAGCGGUUAGCGCAGAUGGUCUUCUUUGUUGUACUAUUUCAAGCGAUCGUUCGGUGAAGGUGUAUGAUGUUGUUAAUUAUGAUAUGAUGGUUAUGAUUCGCCUAUCGUAUGUUGCUGGUAGCGUUGAAUGGGUCUACAAACAAGGGGAUGUCAAGGCGAAUGUAGUUGUUAGUGAUCGGAACUCCUCAUAUGUACAUAUAUAUGAUGUACGAGCUGGUUCAAAUGAGCCCAUCAUCUCAAGAGAGAUACACUUGGGGCCUAUAAAAGUUAUGAGGUACAAUCCUGUAUUUGACGCUGUUAUAUCAAGUGAUGCAAAGGGAAUAAUAGAAUAUUGGAGCCCUACUGAUCUUCAGUUCCCUGCAAGCGAGGUGAAUUUUAAGUUGAAAAGUGAUACUGAUCUAUUUGAAAUUGUGAAGUGCAAAACCACCGUUUCUACAAUUGAGGUAAGCCCGGAUGGUAAGCAAUUUUCCAUUACAUCACCCGAUCGUAGAAUACGCAUAUUUUGGUUCAAAACAGGGAAACUAAGACGGGUUUAUGAUGAAUCACUUGAGGUGGCUCAAGACCUUCAGAGGAGUGAUGUCCCCAUGUACCGGUUAGAAGCUAUUGAUUUUGGACGAAGGAUGGCGGUUGAGAAGGAAAUUGAAAAAACAGAAACUGCACCAUCACCAAAUGCUGUUUUUGAUGAAAGCUCUAACUUUCUCAUAUAUGCAACCUUACUUGGUAUAAAAGUAGUAAAUAUGCAUACCAACAAAGUUGCUCGAAUUCUAGGAAAGGUGGAGAGCAAUGACAGGUUCCUGAAAGUUGCCUUGUAUCAGGGCGAUCGAAGUAGUAAAAAAGCGAGAAAAAUUCCUGCAGCUGCAGCCAAUGUCAACGAAAGCAAGGAGCCUUUGACAGAUCCUACUAUUUUAUGCUGUGCUUUCAAGAAACACCGGAUCUAUUUAUUCAGCCAGAGGGAACCAGAGGAGCCUGAAGAUGCAACUAAGGGAAGAGAUGUGUUCAAUGAGAAGCCUCCACCGGAUGAACUUUUGGCUGUAUCAGAUAUCGGGAAGGCUGUCACAACAUCUCUACCUGACACUGUGAUCCUGCAUACAACAAUGGGUGACAUUCACAUGAAACUGUACCCUGAGGAAUGUCCAAAAACUGUGGAGAACUUUACAACACACUGCCGGAAUGGGUAUUAUGAUAAUCUCAUUUUUCAUCGUGUCAUCAAAGGUUUCAUGAUACAGACAGGAGAUCCUCUGGGAGAUGGCACUGGUGGACAGUCUAUUUGGGGAAGGGAGUUUGAGGAUGAGUUCCACAAAAGUUUACGACAUGACAGGCCCUUCACGGUAUCCAUGGCUAAUGCUGGCCCAAAUACAAAUGGCUCGCAGUUCUUUAUCACCACAGUGGCUACUCCAUGGCUGGACAAUAAACACACAGUUUUUGGAAGAGUUUCCAAGGGAAUGGAUGUUGUACAGGCUUUAGAGAAGGUAAAGACUGACAAGACAGACAAGCCAUAUCAAGAUGUGAAAAUAUUAAAUGUGACUGUCCCCAAGUCAUAGGAGAAGCUCCUCACUGGUUAUCCAUCAACGUAUGAUAGCAGCGGUUGUCGACGAUUAUUGCUUCAAAAAACUAUGCCUGGAACCAAAUAGAAGAGAUAUCCUCCAAGAAAUAUUGGAUGAAGGUGCAAAAGAAACAUUGUAGGGCGCUGUCAAGACAUGCAAUGUUGAAUAAGAUCAAGAGUAAUUCUCUAGGAAAAAAUUUACUGCUCUUAAUAGUGCCUGAACUUUGUGCCCACUGGGAGCACUUUACACCUUACUUCUAGGGCUGAGAAAUUAUCUCUUGCUUCCUGGCAAUGGGUUUCCAUUAUUAGCAGCUUCUCACAAUUUCUGUUUCUUUUUAAUGUGUGCAAUAUCUCUGGAUAAUUCUACGAAGGAAACCUUGAGUACUUUGGUUGUGAAAUCUUAUGUUUAGUAUGUGGGAAAAUGGAAUAUGGAAUGCAUAACUGAGGCAUACUAACUCCUUUUGAGGCCAAUGGAAACAUAUGGUUUCUGGCAGGGGUCAAGCAAAUUAAUUGAUGGGGAACGUAAGGUUGUAAAUCUCAAGUGAUGCGAUUUAUGUUUAAACGUCUGGAGUCUUGAAUGCUACCUAUUAUUUAGACCUGGAAAAUUUUCGUCCUAUCUGCAAA